AUGGUUAAUCUAUCGACAGCGAAUUAUUUAUUAAUUGGUUUAAUACUGUCAUAUAUGGAACUAAACAAAUGUUUUGUACUCCAAGCUCCAUUGAAAUUCGAUGAUCAUGGCAAUCGAAAAAUCAAAGUUGGACACGAAAAGUAUAGUUUAAAUUCAAAAAAUCACUUGAAAAUUCGAAUUCAAGAUUGUAAACUUAGUAUGGAUUUCACUCCAGCUAAUAAAACUGAGAUCUCCAUGAAAAAAGGCGUUCGUAAAGUUACUAUGUGA